GCCAAGUUCGAGGCCCGGAGCGCAUUUCGCAUCUUUCCAUUAAAACCCACAACGCUCGAGUGCCGCGACCUGACCCGGAUUGGGUUCUCUUUGCGCCCGCCACCAUGGCAACCUUUGUAACGGCAUGCCGCAUGUCGGCGCGGCUCGCGGCACGUAAGGUGCAGCACGAUGCAGUCAGAGGAUUCCGCACAUCGGCCGCCGUCCUGGCCGCCCAAAAUUUCACCAUGCCCGCCCUUUCUCCAACAAUGACCGAAGGCAACAUUGCUGCAUGGAGAGUCAAGGAGGGCGAGAAGUUCUCGGCCGGCGAUGUCCUGCUCGAGAUCGAGACGGACAAGGCGACAAUGGACGUUGAGGCGCAGGAGGACGGCAUCCUGGUGAAGGUCAUUCAGGGCGAGGGCAGCAAGGGUGUUCAGGUUGGAACGCGGAUAGCGGUCAUCGCUGAGGAGGGUGACGACAUCAGCUCGCUCCAGAUCCCCCCCGAUGAGACCCCGCAAGCAGCAAAAGCCGCCGAGGCGCCCAAGACGCAGGCUCCGGCUCCGGCGACCCCGGCAUCUCCGGAACCCGAAUCCACACCGGCGACCUCCCCACCCAAGACCCCGGUCAAGCCGGGCGGGAAGACGCUCAACAAGUCCUACCCUCUGCUCCCGUCGGUGAUCCACCUGCUCAAGGAGAACGGCCUUGACGAGUCCGCCGUGAGCGGCAUCACGCCGACGGGGCCCAACGGCCGCCUGCUCAAGGGCGACGUUCUCGCCUUCUUGGGCAAGAUCAACGCCAACACCCCGGCCAAGGUCUCCGCCCGCUUCGAGAAGGCGUCGCACCUGGACCUCAGCAACAUCAAGGUCGCCAAGGCUCCCGAGCCCAAGAAACCCGCCAAGGAGGCUGCUCCGGCCUCGCCGCCGCCGCCGCCGCCCAAGUCGGUCGUCACGCUGCCCGUCUCCCUCGAGGCCGUCAUGGAGGCCCAGAAGAAGAUCCACAAGUCGCUCGGCGUGUUCCUGCCUCUCUCGACCUUUGUCGAGCGCGCCAGCGAGCUCGCAAACGACGAGCUCCCGCUCCCGGCUGAUUACCAGCCCACGGCCGACGAGCUGUUCGACCAGGUCCUCGGCCUGGACAAGGUCGGCGGCCGCAAGGCCUCUCGCGGCUCCUACGUCCCCCAGGUCGCCUCCCUUCCGUCGGCGUCCGCGGUGUUCGCGUCCACCCCGAACAAGACGAAGGAGCAGGUCGAUAUCCUCGACAUCCUCACCUCCAAGCCGAAGCCGGCCGCCAAGAAGACCACCGUGCUCCCCGGACAGCCCGCCGGGACGAACCUCUUCAGCCUGCAGGUGCCCAAGGCGGAGGAGAGGAGAGCGCAGGUCUUCCUUGAGCGGGUCAAGAUCGUGCUGGAGAACGAGCCGGGGAGGUUGGUGCUGUGAUGCGGGGUUUGUUGUCAGGGGAGCGGUUUUUCGGUGCGUUGUAUGUCUUGUUUGAUCGACUCAGAGUAACUACCUAGUCAUAGACAUUCUGAUAUGUGAAUCCCAAAACAAACAGCCUUCGAUAUCCCCAGAGUUUUUCGAAACAGCUGUACGAUUGUAUGAUGUAUUUCUAAUGAAAAAAAAAAAUUGGACAAUGCUACACCACGACCAAGCCAAACCGAAACUUGAAUGACCUUGGCUCGCUUUUUUUUUUCUUUUGGGUCAGAGUGCCUCCAGUGCUAAGCCCAGCGCUUUACCUGUUUCCCAAUCGCGCAAGCAAGCCGACCGCCCAGUCCCCCUUACUCCCCCAGCUCUCGUUAGUUCUUCUAAGAAGAAGUAGAGGAGGG